UGCAGAAGACCAGUGAACUUUGCAAGGACUGUAUAUAAAAUCAAGCGCUCAGAUUUCUGAGGAUACUGGUGUGACUGGUAACGUCCUGAAAGGAACGAUAUGUACCAUGCACUGAUGUAGAGGUAUUCGGCGAGUUCUUCAAAAAAAAUCAUGGCGGAGACGAAAAACGGAAAUGAUCUCGGACGUGGCGUCACUGACAAAGACAUUUUGGAUAUUUCUCGGACAAUAUCCUACGAUCACCUCUGCAACCUGGGACAGGAACUCGGAAUUGGUUUGACCGAAGUACAGAAUCUGAAGAAACAGUAUCGAGAUGAUGCGAAAGAGAUUGCCAUAAUUAUGUUUCAGAAAUGGAGAGCGAGGGUGCUGCCCGAUGGGUCAACUAUGAAGGUUGUAAAAGAGAUGAUGAGUAAUAUAACCGAGACUACAAAGGACAUCUCUGAAAGUGAUGAGCUAACACGAAUUACCACAAAGUUAUCGGUCAAGAGAUGCAGAGAAAGACUCAUCGAUCAUUACAGGAAAACAUGUAAAAUAGCACUCAAACCUUGGGACAAGACUAACUAUGCUGGCUAUGAUGAUCUUCACACAAGAAUUAGCCUUCUAGUAUCAGAAAGGGGUCAGAGAGGUGGUGACGAAGUCAAGAAAGUAACCCUUCCUGGUUCCAUCAAUGAUAUCUUCAAGACCGAGGUCGACGGGUCACUUCCAAACCGCAUUCUGAUGAUAGGGGGUGCUGGAAUUGGUAAGACAACAUCUUUGGCAAAACUUGCUUACGAUUGGGCACAUGGAGCUGAAGACUCACCUCUUAAAGACGUGCCACUUGUGUUCGCUUUAAAAUUCAGGAGGAGUGGUAAGCAUACGUCGCUUGGAGAAGCUAUUGUAAAGCAGCUCCUGGGGAAAAUAGACGGCGUCACUCCUCAAGAAAUUGAGAAGUUCAUUGAUGAAAAUGAGGAAGAUUGCGUUAUUCUCCUUGACGGUUACGACGAAUACAAUGGAUCAAUAACAUCUGACGGACCAAAGAGUAGUCUGGAGGAGUUACUUCUAUAUCAGCGCUUUCGGAAAUGCCGUGUUCUAAUCUCAUGUCGCCCACAUCGCCAAGAAGAUUUUGAUAUUGAUGAACUUCCGUUCGUGUACGCUAAGGUAGAAAUAGAAGGGUUUUCAGAGGAGGACUAUGAUAACUAUAUAGAUCGAUUCUUUGACAGUAAGGUGGCAGAUGCAACGGGACUGAAGAACUAUCUAAAGGAGCAAGUCUCAAUUGGAUCUUUGAUUAAUAUACCCUUUUUCUGCAUGGCGUUUUGUGUUCUCUGGAAAGGACAAUUUCUACAAGAUACUAAAUCACACACGGCUUUGUUCAAUAGUUUGUUGAAAUACCUUCUUGAGCAUGCCCGAUCGAAGAGUUGUGUCGGAUUUGAAAGUUUGGUCGCUAAACCUAAGAAAGGGUUCCUUAAAUCAGUUGUGUCUCAAGUCGGAAGAGUCGCCCUGAACAGUCUACUUAGCGACAGCAGAAAACUUUUAUUCGAGCAAGAUGAUUUUGAAGAUUGCCUUCAUGAACUUGAUAUAGCAGUUGAGAUUGGUUUAGUCUCUAAACAAGCAGUGAUAGAAGAAUCUAGUGAUUGGGACGAAUCAGAGACGGUUUUCGUUGAAUUCUACCACAAACUGGCGCAGGAACACUGUGCGGGUGUAUAUCUGUCAACUCUUGAUCAAGAUAAAUUGCUAGGAAUACUCAAAUGUAUCACCACAGAAUCAAGGGUACUUGACCUUGAAAAUGUGUUGAAAUUCGCUGCAGGUUCUUCUGACAAAGUAUGCUUAACUAUUUUGAAGAGGUUCGAAACAAUCUCUUGGUCCACACCACUACCCUACUUGCACGCAAUAGGUGAAAGAAGUCAACAUCAUCGCCUUGUUUUCGAUAUUCUCUGCGAAUCUACUGAAAAACUGACCGAACAGCAGUUGACGUCCACAAUUCUCCCGUAUUUCAAGGAUGGAGAAUUUCAUUUUGUGGAAACUAGUUCGUCUAGAACAGUGUAUGGAUUCGCACGAAUACCUCUUGAAAUCAAAGCACAGAUCAUGACUAUGGUGAUUUCCUUCUGCGAACUCAGUGAAUAUCAAGUGCAUCUCCUUUGGAAGUCCCUCAAUCUGUGCAAGUCCCUGGAAAAGUUGGACCUGAAAGGAUGUCAUCUCUCAAUCGAUGACACACUUGACAAACUCUGCUGCGUAAGACGCCUUGAUAUGAUGGGAGUCACAACAGAUCACCACUCCCUACUCGCUAGCCUACCUAACGUCGAGGAGAUUCGCAUAUCAAACGAUCAUCGAACACGAUCAGACAGUUUCAUGAAGGAAAUAGUUGAUGGCCUACUGAGGACCAACGGCAGGCAAACUGUUGUUGAGCUGUCUCCCAUGUAUGGAUUCACAUUCUUCUCCAGAUCAACAUGUAUCUCUUCCGAAACAGUCAGCUACUUCAUCGAGCACACACUCCCACAUAUGACGGCUCCCAGAGCUCUUGUCUUGGAAGUCCCAAUUCAGUAUGAUGAUAUGAUCAGGAUCAUCGUAGAAAGCAUCCGUAGACCAACUAUUAUCAAAUUGAGAUUCUUCAUAGAUGUUGAAAGCCCUCUGUGUUCUGCAAACCAUGAUGGAGAUCAUCCCGAUGACGAUCUUGCUCCACACGGCAUCCGUGUGACUGGUAAAAAGUUUUUGGGGAAUGACUUCACCACUUGGAGUGAACAUUACCGCGACCUCUCCACCGAGAACACAAGGGAUCUCUUCUGGGUGUAUGUAGCUGCACUGACUUCCGAUCCAAAGACGUAUGGAGAUAGCAGCUUCGAGCAUAUGCUACUAACACUUCAACGACCGAGGAUAUGAAUCCAUGAGGUUUCGGUCUCAUCGACAACAGGAGGAGAAACGACACAUUACCCGUUUUCAUUUUCUUUAAAUUUAUUUGCGUUACUUGAAUCAUAUCUACUUUGAUCUGAACAUAUGCGAGUAAUAUAAUUCGAGUCGUGCAAAAUAAUACACAUUAACGCGUUUUAAGGACUUACAUUUCUGAAGAAGUGCAUGUUGCGAUGACUGGACACAAUAAACAAGGGUUCAGACAUGCUGAAAAGUAAAACUUCAAUAUGUAAAACCGUUUUCCCUUCAUAGUCAGGUCCAGAUUUGAGAAAAGGAGGCUGCCUUAGGCAAAUCGUGUUAAUGCUGAACUGAGAAGUGUUUCAACAUAAUUCGAGGGCGCUGAGUCCAAAUAUGUUGUUUAUCAACCUUGAAUUUAAUGUUAAAAUUCUCAAAAUGGCAAAAACAAUAUGGCUGCUAUUCUACACCCUUUUUUUUACUCUCUUUUGACCCCCAAAACUUGCGACAAUAAUGUUUUUCAAUCGUUUUUGGUACUAUUUGAUGUCAGGAAUAACAUACUAAAAUCUAUCAAAAUCUGCAUCCGAGAAAGUGGUUCUUUCAAAAUGACGUCUAAAAUGGCCGCCAUUCACUGGAAAUUAACAUAUUCUACUCUUUAUCCACCUUAGACAUCCAUUUUCGAUGCAUAUUUAAUGGUGUAUGGGAUAAAAGGUCUCCUGAUACAUGUAGAGUGAACAGAAUCACGCCAGGGUACCUGGAAGUCCAGGAUGGCGUCCAAAAUGGCUGCCAUAGCCUAAAAAAUCACAAUUUAUCUAUUACCUAUUUUAUUGUCUUUAAUUUUGGUUUUAUUCAAUGGUGGUUUUAAGGGUCGAGUAGUAUAUUGGGGCAAGUUACAAGGAGAUUCAGCGAUCCACUUUGUCCAAAGAUCCAACAUGGCUAUCAAAAUCCGAGCCUAAAAUGGCUGUUGUUAUCUAAAAACCCUAAAACACCGACAUAGUUUGUUUAAUAUCCUCCUGGGAAAUAUGAUAUUGGUGUCUAAUCCACGGUUUAACUUGUCAAGUAA